GGUCAUCUGACUGAGCGCCAAAUGCGCCCCAAAGCGCCACCCUCAUGAGAUGAAAGGGGUUUCAAAGGAAUCUUCAAGUCAUAGUGACUUACUGCGCAUUAGACAAACAUUGCCUGUCUGGAAGCACAAAGAUGCAGUAGUGGACGCUAUUGUGAAAAAUGAUUAUUGUGUUAUCGUUGGUUCAACAGGAUCUGGCAAGACUACUCAAAUCCCUCAGUUUUUGUAUGAAAAGAAUUUAACUACUGGCGGCAUUGUUGCAAUAACUCAGCCUAGACGUGUUGCUGCCAUAAGCAUCGCAUUACGUGUUGCAGAUGAAUUGGGUCAGGGUCCUGUAGGUAUUGGACCAGUUGGUUAUUGUGUAAGAUUCGAAGAUGUAUCGAGUGAAAAGUCAACACAUUUAAGAUAUAUGACUGAUGGUAUGCUUCUGCGUGAAGCUAUCUUAGAUCCAGAUCUUUCACGCUACAAUUUUAUUAUUUUGGAUGAAGCUCAUGAACGCAGUUUAAAUACUGACAUUUUAUUUGGAGUAGUCUUAUCUGCAGCAAAAAGACGUGCCAAAUUACAUUCCUCACAAGAGAGUUCCCAGUUUGCGACCACGUUUAACCAACCGAAUGGUUUAAGGAAAAACAUUCAAAAGGGCAAAAAACCUCUUCCAUUACUAAAGAUCAUCGUAAUGUCAGCUACCAUUGAUCCAACUCCUUUCUUAAAUUUUCUUGGUUCAGAUCAUACUCAGGUUGUGUACAUAGAAGGUCGACUUCACCCCAUCAAGAUACUUAAUGUUUCUCAGUCCUUAACAGAUUAUGUGGCCGACGCGGCAUCUGUUUGCAUUCGAAUUCAUAGAUCAAACAAUUGUCCCUUGGAUCGUGGUAUUUUAAUUUUUCUGACUGGUGAAGAAGAGAUUAUGCGUUGUUGUUCACUUAUCAAACAACUGUUCCAAUCAUCGAAUAACGAACAAGGAAGUACACAAAUCAACUCGAUAAACAACAGACUUGAAGUAUUUCCACUAUUUUCAUCUCUACCUCAGAUCCAACAGAUGAAAGCCUUGAACUUUUGUGAUGAUAAUGCCCGAAAGGUGAUUGUUAGUACAAAUUUGGCAGAAACAUCUAUUACAAUUCCUGGUGUACGUUAUGUGAUCGAUUGUGGACGUGCUAAAAUAAAGGACUGGGAUCCUAAAACAGGUUUUGAAUGUUUUCGUGUCCAGUGGAUUUCAAAAAGUCAAGCAUGGCAGCGUUCAGGUCGUGCAGGACGUGAAGCACCUGGUGUUUGUCUACGAUUGUAUACAGAUUCAGAAUAUAAAAAUAUGCCACUUCAACCUAGACCACAAAUUUUACGAGCUCCACUUAGCGGAGUAUUGCUCAACCUUGUUUCAAUGAAUGUACAGAAUCCUAGUCAAUUCCCUUGGCUAUCCUCUCCUAAGCCGUCGUCUGUGAAAGCUGGAAUUGAUCUACUCCUCCGGUUGGGUGCUGUUGAAGCUAACGGUGAUAUGGAAUCAAAAUCGUGUAAAUCUAGUGAACAGUCAACAUCUCUUGUAGAUAGCACUAAAUUAAAUAAUUCCGAGCAAAUACAAUACCCAUUAUCCCUUACUGUUCUAGGCCGACUUAUGUCAGCAUUCCCCCUGGAGCCAAGAUUUUCUAGGACACUGAUCUCAGCUGCAUAUUUGGGCUGUCUUAUCGAAAUGCUUAGUAUUAUAAGCAUGUUGUAUGUAUCGCCUGUAUUUUAUGUACCAGUUGAAAAACGCAAUGAAUUUUCAGAUGUACAGUCUCGAUUUCGUCAUCCAUCCGGUGAUCUUGUCAGUCUUCUUUUCAUAUAUCGUGGAUUUGUUAAAGCUGCAAAAGAUUCUCGCUCUGAGAAAUUAAUCAAUCAUAAUACGCCUACUUCAACAAAUGUACAAUCAUCCUUUCAGUCGUCGCCAAAAAGUAAACUAUCUAAACGGAAUUCUAAACUUCAAUGGUGUCGUUCUAAUCUUAUCAAUCGAGCUCGUUUAGAUACAGCUGUACGUGUACGUGCCCAAUUGAAACAGAUCUCACACGGGUCAGGAUUAGGUGGUUAUAUGCAUUCAUGUGGAGAAAAUGUAGAAAAAAUUGUACAAGCUUUUCUACUUUCAGGUUUUCAAGAUCAGGUUGUAAUUCUUUCUGAACUUUCAAAAACCUCUAAAACAAACUUUAAUAAAUCAAUAAACACUUCUCAACAUCCUGUUUAUGUGCAUAGUAGAAGUAAUUUGACAACAAACUCCCCACAGGAGUUAUUAAUUCAUCCAGAAUCACAAUUAUAUUUAUCAUCCCUAUAUCAUCCACCGCCAUGUUUAAUUUUUAUUGAAGCUAUAACAAGUAGUGAUUAUAAUUUUCAAUGUAUUACUAAUGGUACAACUGAUCACAAUAGUAAUAAUGAUAAUAAUAAUAAUGAUCGUAUCUUUAUGCGACAUGUCUCUAUUAUCGAUCAGGCAUGGUUAUCACUUACUGAAAAUAUGCCUACCCUAUCUAGUCAUCAGAAUAAUACUCAAUCAGUAGAAAAGCAGGAGCAACAGGAGCAGCAACAACAGAAGAAGUGCAAGAAGAAGAAGCUAAGCAUACUCAAUUGUGUACCGCAUCAAAGUAAGAAGCGUUGUCCUCCGUCUGACUCGGUAUCAUCAUUAUCACAAUCAACGUCAGAUUAUCCAGACUGUAAAUUAAAUAAUAGUAAUAACAAUAAUAAUAGCAUGAAUAUUAAUAAUAAUAAUGGUAAUAAUAGCACACAUGUUAAUACGAACACAACUAUACCAAACGGUCAUCCUGAAUCAAACUGUUCACCAAAUCCAUUGACUUCAUUCAAUCCUCUAACUCGUAAACAGAAAAAACGUCUUGCUAGACGUCGGAAACUGAAUUUAAAUCGUCAACUUGUAAAUAAUUCAGCUUGACACGAUGAGAAUAUCUAUGCUUUUUUUCUAAUUUUUUUUAUAUUUUCUUGUGGAAUAUAUAUAUAUAUAUAUACAUCUAUUUGUAUCCUUAUGUACAAGAUUCUUCCUGAAAUGAUUUCUGUAUUCAGUCUUUUUCAAAACAAGACAGCUUGUGAUGUGCAAAUAACACUUUUUUGUAUUAAUGUAUACAUAACUCAUGCAUUCUUCUUUUAUUAUAUAAAUAUUAUGAAAUAAACUAUUCUCAGUGAU